GCACAGCUGCCAUGAUCGGGGGAGCCGGCACCACUGGAGCAGGUGCAGCUUCUACUUUGGGAGCAGGAGGCUUGGCGACCGCGCCAACAUCUGAACUUCCUUCACCCGCUCAAAGUUCUGGGGACCUUCACGGACUACAUUCGAGCACAUCAUCGCUACAGUAUCCCAGCGGACAGUCUCCGGAAAGUCUUGCGUGUAUGGCAGCAGUAGCAGGUCAAUACAAUGCUGCCACAGGAGGAGGAUAUCAUGGCACAACGAGUCCCUGUCUUGCAACCGGCUACAAUCACGGCGCGGGCUACCACGGGUACAACCUAGAUGCUGCUGGCGGGGCGGCGCUGCAGCAAGAGCACGGAGCAGGUUCUUUUUCUCGCGUGUUUGAUCCUCGACAGAAUAAAUAUGAAUAAUUUGUAUGAGCUUUAAUUAGAUGCACACGACGCUGACGAUGUCGAUGUACUAAUUCUUGUAACAGUUCUUUCAGAUUAUACUAACCUAUGUAUGAACAAGAUAGACGGAAGAAAGUUCGAACUCCCAUAGCUGCUGCGAUCUGCUGGCCGCGAGUUUGUUACUAUUUUUUGAAGUUGCACAGGUCAUAUGAUGCCGGGUUUGCGCGGCUAUAACAACCUUGCCAUGCCGGUGCCGCAGCAGUCAUCUCCAGCAUUUGGACACAACUUACACGCGUGGCUCAAUCAAGCGUCUAACCGUGCUACUUCCUGGUUUUGGCCUCCUGGAGCGGCUGGGAACCUGCCACAACAGCAGCCGCAUCUAACCCCUCAGGUUCCUCUGCCACUGCAACCGCCAACAUUUCCUUGUCCACCAACCCAGCACGGGCCGCGGGCGGCCACGUCCUCUGGCACCGGUGGAGGCGUACACCAACUCCCAGUACCGGUGGCUCAUGGAUCAAGUGCCUGUAACGUUACAGUACCAAACAAUACUGGACACGGUGGGCACAAUUUCAGCGUGCAACAACAGAACAAUGGCGUGCAGCACAUGCCCAAUGCAAUUGGAGGAGCAACAGGACAGGAGCACCAUUCGAGGCCAAAUGCCUUCGGUGGAACAGGCUUGGGCGCGCAACAGCAAGCAGAGCAGCAAUACGCGUUCGGGCAUUCACUUCUUCCUCCUCAACCCCCGGAGCCGCCGGGCGUUGGUAUUUGCGGCUCGUCAUCUGCAUCAGAGCAACAGCAGAAUCAGGAAUUUUAUCCACGACGUUGGCAACAUCAGAGUCUACCGCAACAGCGGCCAGGAGACGGCUCAUCUUCCGGGAUUUGUCCGACAACAGCGUCAGGAGAUGUUCGGUCGAUGGCUCAUAAUCAGCUAGCCGCCGCCGGUCCAUCAGACUCCCUUGAAGAGGAAACCGCCGCGCCUGCGUUCAAUCCGCCGGGAUACCUACCAAUUGGUGUGGCUACCGCAUCCCAGAAUUUAGGAAGGCUCAAAUGGCAUAGGCAUGCAAAGAAUGUCCUCUUAUUCUUUUUUUGAUGUUUUUGUUUAUUUGAUUAGCUGCCCGUUCACAGUUCUUAAGUACUAGUAACUUAGUACGCAUCGACAUCGGACGAGUUAUAAUAAGAGCAAUGACAGGGCCAGCUGAGGAAUAAAAGGAUUUUUUGAUGCAGUGGACGAACUGACUCUAACGCAACACGGGUGGUCUCAGCCAGACGGUUCUUCUGCGAAUCCCUUUCGAACAAAGUUUCAAAUCGAGCAAGAGGCUUUAUUAAGGUAUCAAAAUUUGGAAGAACAGCAAGUGGCGAGUCGGACAGGGACAUCUACAGAAGCCGGCUCGUCCCCUUCGUCGCAGAUUGUGCAGGCACAGAUAGUUCAUUCUAGCACGCGGUCUCAGCCUGGCACACCACCGCCACCACCGCCGUACUCUCCUGUAGUAGCCCACCUCCCAGGCGCCGCAGAGGACGAGGACUCAUCGAGUCUUCUAGCAGGUAACCCUCGCACGCCUCCGACCCGCAGCUCUCCACCAACGCCUCCGGGAAGCAGACCCGCUCCCCCCGGUGAAGCGGCCGUGUCUUCAGCACCGCCAACACCCACAAGCGCGACCACAGGCUCAGCACCUGGGACGCCGGGACGAGGCGAGACGUCGUUUGGUGGUAGAAGUACUAGCGCGCAAAGACGCAUUGGACCUCCGAAGCGAAAGACCUUGUCCAGUUGGUGGGAUGAUGAUACACCGACUCGUGCCGUUUCAUCGGGCACCUCUAUUAACGUGCACCGGCAAGUACUUCCAUCCUCAGGAGCAUCUGCUGGUACUGCUUCAAAUGCAAUGCCACCUGUAGGACCUCCAGGACCAGGAGCAGGAGGACCAUCAGUUAGAACUUCGACUUUGCUGCCCAGUGUGCCACCUACACCGAGUGCGCCGUCGACACCACUUCUGACGCCAAGGGAGCAGUCUGAUGGUGGAGGUGUCGUUGAGGCGCCGCAGACCACGUCGUCAGCACGAGUGCAACAGCCACUGACCCCCGGUGGGGCAUCAACGGUGGGGUCGGGAGUAGUUUCGCCCACUCCUAGUGGACUGAGCGUACAAGCACGGGCGGCAGUAGUCCAGCACAGCGUUGAACAGGAGUCUCAGCCACAUUCUCGAACCCCUAGUGUCGCAUCAAGAGUAGAUGGACUCCUACUAGUGCAAGAGCAGGCAAAUCGGCACGUCCGGCCAGUAGGACGAUCAGGCACGCAAACACCAACAGAGCGAAAAGUUUCAUCUGACGCACUCCUUACUCUGGACAAUCCACGAGAGGGGAGUGAGAGAAGCUUAUCGUCUUCAGGAAGUGAGCGCGGCAAGGGUAAGGAGUCAGCAAGGUCGCCUCGAUUCGAUACGGAUACCUCGUCGGCAAUUCCAGACCUCCUCGAGGCGUCUCUCGAUGAAUUGGAAACGUACCUGCCAGCACUAAGUAAGGCUGCACCUCCUGUGUUGUAUGGUGUUAUCGGGGCACAGCUGCAGCAGUUCCAUUCAUACGAUUCGGCUUCACACCCUGCAGCUAAUGUAGCUGCCAUUGCUUCUGCUGCUGCUGCCGCUCCACCUGGAGCAGGACAAAGCGGAGGCCCCCCAGGUCCAUUUUCAGGUAACCACGAUAUUGUAGCGGAAGGGACGGGUGGACUCGCUUCAGCGAACCUCCUGGGCCUUAGCUCAGAGAGCGUGGGCGGAGGCGAUCAUGGAAUGGAAGCGCUGCAUGGAAGUAACACUAGGACGGGCGCAGCAGGGCAUGGGCAGAAGCGAGGGGAAAUCGGGAGUGAAGACGUCGAAAGGCACGAUCUUGCAACCGAUGAUGAUCAGCAUUCGUCAGAAGAUGAGCUACUACGAGGCCUUCCUGGGACGAGAAGAACGUCGUCCGCAUCAGACCAGACAGUGUCUCCCGCCAUAUACCACGCCUUCAUCGCUGGUGGGCCAAACAGUCCUGGAGAGCUGCCACGACAACUUUAAGGAAAAUAUUGAAUUUGUCGUGAAGAUUUGUCAGUAUCGCUGUACCAACACCAAUAUUAUGAAAAGUUGCUCUUGAGUUCUUACAGCUACCUUGUCGUGUAAAACUUGGCUCUAAUCGCGCCAGGAUCGUCCUCUUCCUCCGCGAGGGACCAUUUACUAUUCUGUUGAGACAGAGCCUCACUCGACGAGUGCGCAGCAUUUGCCAGCAUCUGAGACGGGUGAAAAAGAUCCAACCGGAGAUGACCACAGACGACCACCCUUUGAUGAAUGCGACCCCUAUGGCCUUGUAACCGAAGAAACAGACGAUGGAGAGGGGGGAGAAGAAGAUUAAGGCAAGUAUAUUUGAUUUUUCGUUUUCGACAAGCGCAAAUAAGGCAAACUCAUUCCUACUUAAGCACAACAAAACUACACUUGAAACUGUUAAUAUGAGCUUUAUCUGGUUUCAUAAAGGAUAUCGAAUUCGAUAACGAUAGAUUAUAGAUACACAUGAAUCAGGCUGAUGAAUAGAGCACUCAAGUUUCGCCAUGAGAUUGUUUUUUCAGGAGCAGAAACGGGGCGCAAGCGGCGCAACUCUUGUAGCGCCAUGAUCUCUGCUCCCAUCCCCAUGUUUGGCGUGGACGUCGCUGAUUCUAAGAUUCGGAGGAUGAUGCGCACGGAAGCGACCACCACGAGCAAAGAGGUGAAGAGACACGGGUACAACAGAACGAGCAACAAAAGCGUUCACUCCUGAUAACUGGAUUUGACGAGCUCGACGAUGAAUUCUAUGAAGAAGAUUACAAGGCGGGAGCCGGAGAUGAUGGUCGACCUAGUAGGGGAGAUGGACACGCCGCGAGGAACCAGGUGGAAACCGGAAGAACAACUUUCACGUGGCAUGAUACUCAACAACCGCAUGAGGUGGAUUUUCUGGAGGAUAGCCAGAGCGACAGAGAACUAGCGAGGCAAAUGGGAGGAAAUCCUGCAAGUAAGAGGGCACAAACAGUAGCAACUAGAGGACGAGCUCGUCCUGCUUAUGAGGGAGAAGAAGAGCGGCACGCAGACGAGGAAGAUGACGACUAUGCCACCAUUGGCGGAGCAAUCAGUGAUGAAGCACUUCAAACCUACUAUAGGGAUGCGGUCAAAAAUUAUGUGCAACCUACUCUGCUGCAAGAAGUACAAGGACCAGCAGAAGGAGAACAUUGUCUUCAGCAUACUGGAGGAGCCACUAGAAGUAGGGGCGGCAAUAAACGUCGGCAGAGAGAUUCUUCGACGUUUGAUGACGAUCUUCUCAGUGGUGAGGCACGACAGGGAACAGGACACCAGUAUCAAGAAGAUGAGCAAGAAGAGCAUGAAUCUCAUAAAGGUGAGGCAGAGGACCACGAAGAACUAGGCGCGUCGCUGGGCGUAGGCUAUCAGGAUGCAUACUCACCUGUAUACGAAAGUGACGGGGAAGAGGGACACCCUGGUGCACGUGGAAAUAGCGAUAAUCAUCAGCGUGUUGAUGAAAACGUUUAUUUCACAGCUUUUCAAACCGGCGGAGAUGGAGUGGAGCAGCAGCCUCCAUUCUUUGGACAACAGCCCGAGGUAAUAAAAAAACAACACGAGGCAGGAGCUUUGACUGAAAAUGAGCACGAAGUAGAACAACAAGAAGAAGAAGCCGAGGAAGAUGACGGCGAAGACGAUCUUUCGUCUGAAGACUCCAGCUAUUAACAUGAUUAUUUGGAUGUCGAAAAUACAAGUAGCUGAAAGAGCAAGUAGUAUGUGAGUCUAGAAUACAGCUACAGCGGUGAGUUCGUUUGAUUUCACUUUCUGGACACUGACACGAAUGUUGAGGAGUAGCAACUUUUAUGGUUCAUGAACAUCAACAUUUUUUUUUGCGUGAAGACAAGAACAUGAAUAUGUUGAACGAACUGCAACUAGCAGUCGAAUUCAUUGCACCAGUUUAUCCCAAAAACGAUAUUAUAUCAGUAUAUAUAAUAUACUUUAAUUAUAAUUGCACUUCUAAGAGGGCUUAUUAAAGAACAGUCACCUCAAGAGGUAGAGCAUGCCAUUAUUCAGAAAUUAUUGAAAAUACAGCAUUUUUUUUUGAUGAGCUACACUGUAGUUAGUGUUAAUUUGAUUCUACAAAUUAUACAAUGGAAUCUAAAAAAGCUAUUUUUUACUAAAACAAAAAAUACUAGAAUUAGGAAUAACUAUAACUAGAAUUAGGAAUACAAUAGAUACAACUAGUCUACUACAAAUACAAUUGCUUUUGUUGAUGUCUGCUAAAAAAUAAAUUUUAAUUAAUUAUGUUUUUGAUUUUCUUGAUUUCGUUGUCUGAAAAGCCAUGAUAGACAUACAUGUUCCAGGGGUGGAGGCGCCCCUCCUGUGGAUGGAGCGGUGGGGGCGUCCACGCGCCCUCUUUUUCGCGGUGGUGACAUGUAAGGACUCACGGGGGGGAGGCCUCAAAAGGCGGAGCCUGGCGGCUCUCCGCGUGUACCCCACAGGCGUUCCAACUCUGUGGCCCUAUCAGAGGGACGGCCUCCGGGGGAAGAAGGCCGCCGAAGGCGGCCACUAUCGCGAGGCCUGGCCUCUUUGGCCCUCCUGGAAGGCAGCAGGGGCCAAACUCCUCCAGUGAGGAGCCCCCACGCGGGAGGUCGGUCGGGUACAUGCAAGACGGCAAGGGGGUCAAGCCUUGCCGCCUUCGGAAGCCUUCCACCCCCGGGCGUCGGUGCUUGAACGGCCUCAGGGGUUUGGGUUCUGUAGGGUGCAGGCAAGGAGCCGCGAGGGCUCGACGGCGGGCGCUUGGAGGGCUUCCCGCCCGGCGGUCCCUCGGGAAAAAGGGUCCGGGGCUGGAGGCCCCCCCUCAAUAAGUUAGAUCGGGGGGGCCUUGGCCCCUCGAACGUUCAUAGAUAUUCAUCUUGCUCUGAAAGUGCGCAAGAGCCAGCACAAGUAUCUUCCAAAUAUUUGUAUGAUCGCGGCUACGGCAAGAAAUAAAAUAAAUAGAUACAUUUCCAUUGAUGCAAACCAUUCAUAUUUACCAUGUGGAACAAGUGGAUAGAAUGUUGUUGAUUGAUGUUUGUAUUUCAAGUUGUUGUCUUGUGAAGACAUCAAUCUAGCGACGCAGGGCCUCAACUCAGAGUCUGACAGGUCGCAUGCUGCAUUCUUUCUGCAACGACCUUCAAAGAUCCAUGAUAAAGAUGUUCGAAGGCGACGUUUGCCUUAACAUUGCUCGUCAGAAAAACAGCCAGCGCCAUCAGACAUGUGCUGAAGCUUCCGGACACCUGCAUCAAGGAGCAUCGAGUUCCAC